AACCCUGCAAAGGAGUGUGGGAGAAUCAGACUCUGUGCAGAGCUGCCUGUCUUGCUGGGGCUGCUGUUGUUGUUGUUCUUGUUGAUGUUAUCGUUAGCCAAAAGACCACAAAUUGCUCAGAGCCCCAGAGAGUGGAGCUGGGUUUCAGAUCUCCUGCAAGCUCAAUCUCUCUGUUUUGAACUUUGCUUCUUGCAUUUUGUUUCUUUCAGGGUGUGUGGUGAGUGUGGAAGAUCCAGAAAAAAAGUACACUGGAUGGGAGCAUCUUGGCAGUGGGGGCUUUGGAUCUGUUUAUAAGGCCUUCGACACUGCCACAGGACAAGCGGUGGCUGUAAAGGAACUUUAUCUCCAGCACCAGGGCUGUGAGGGAAUAUUAAAAGAAAUCCUGCUCAUGAGAGAAAAUAAGAACGCCAAUAUUGUCAGCUACUUAGAAAGCUACCUUGUGGAUGAGGCUGUCCUGCUGGUGUUGGAAUAUAUGGAUGGAGGCUCCUUAGCUGAUGUGGUCACCGUGAGAAGGAUGGCUGUAGGACACAUAGCAACAGUGUGUCGGGAGUGCCUGCAAGGCCUGGCUUUCCUUCAUGCCAAGCAGGUGAUCCACAGAGACAUCAAAAGCGACAACAUCCUUCUGGGCCGGGAUGGCUCCGUCAGGCUGGGUGGGUAUUCCUGCUGA